AUGAGGCGUCGAAUUCCCGUCCACCGACUUUUCUCCAUCCACAGCUUCUACGCUCUCAACACUCUUUACUCUGUAACAUUCAGUCUCUACCACCGAAAUCAACCUCCUCCACAAACCCAACUUCCAAAUUCCACCAUCCUAAUGUUUACACCAUCUGCCCCCCUGGUAGCUCUUACCACCUUCCUUGCUACAUCUGUCCAUGCUGCUCCCGCUGCUGAACCCGUUCCCGCUCCAGUGUCCCUUGCAGGAAAAUACCAGUACGCUGCAGCAUUCGCAACCUGGGACGGCGAUACCUGCUACACUGGUGCCCAACACGACCACGCCGAGCCAGAUGGGGUGUGCCAGCAUCUUCCAGGAAAGGGAUUGACGAUUUGGUGGUUAGCGCCGGGUUGCAUCAAAAGGAGGAGGGGUGUGAUUUCUCUUUCCUUACUUUUUUUCGGAACUGCUCAGAGUCUAACAACUUCUCAGUCAAACAUUGGUCAGAUGAAGGAUGUAAGGGCUGGAAAGGCGAAAUUUCCGAACUUAAUCAAUGCUGGGGGAUCAGAAAUGUCAAUUCCUAUCAGAUUUAUUUACACGGGCUUGAAAAGGAAGGAUGCCAUUGCCAAAUUUCAGAUGUCUACAGUACAAAGGUUUGCUGGAACUCGAGGCAACACAAUUAUUGAGGAGGAUAGAAUGGAUUGUUGGAAUUGGAACCUAGUUACUGACUACCAAUUUGAGGGCAAUCUCUACCUCGAUCGGCGUUGCGAUUCUCCCAACGCGCUACUCUCGAAAACCUCAUUCUGUGUUUCCUUAGUAGAUGAACUUUGCGUCUCCCAUUCACCCGUUCUUCCGUUUCAGAAUACUUCAAAUGACGCCAAAUCCAGUAAUGGAACCAACCUUCCAACAAAACACCUUGCGGUGACAAAACGACUCAACUUCUGCGGUCACUACCGACUUAGUAAACGAAUGAUAUUAUUUCUUGUAGGCCCAAACUUGGCAUCGCAUGACGAAGGGUGUGGCUUUUCCCGAGACAUCAAUGCUUACGGGUGUGGUAACCCAAUAUCACGGCUAACCCCCGAACGAUAUAGCCUCCAUUAUAACAUCACCGUUCCUGUUGGGUCGAAAAUCAUUCGCAAGAUUGAUGAGCACGUCGUCGAUGCCCUAACAAUGCAUGAGCCUCCGAAGACGGUAACCGAAUCUGCCAUCGUUGGAACCAUUGCAAUUGACUAUUCCGAAGGAUCUGACUCCUACACGACGAGGCCGAAUCAUGUGGCAUCAGGACAUAAUUCCGGGGUCUGUUUCAUUUGCACAAACUCCGAAUUGCCCAUUCAGACCCUGGGCCUUGCUUUGCGACUUCAACGCCUCCUGUUCGUUUUGCUACCCCAGUAUAGCUUACCCAUAUCCAGAACUCCUAAUUCCCGUAAAGUAGCCGACAAAUAUUGUUUCGGAUGCUACGGAUGGGGUUGUCAUAGCGUUGCCCAUAUUCUAGAUGGAAACUGGAACCCUUGUUCUGCUACAGAUCUGCGCCUGGAACAAAUCUCUUCACAACGAUGGGAGCCAGGACAUUUGCCAGCGAAUAACACAAUAGCUUCCGAAGGAUACAUUGCUGCACCGUAUCAGGAAGUGGAAGAAGUAUUCCUAUAUGUUCUCGGGGGGCAGACAUAUUUGCUUUGGCAAGGGUCAUUCAAAAAGUCUAGCAUAGCAUAUCACUUUGGCUGGGCGUGGAUGAGGAGGUGCGUUUUCCGGACUGAUGUGCUUUGUCGUGCAUGGUUGGCUUGCUUGAUGGGGGGUACACAUCUCUUACUUAAACCACUGCAAUUCAAGGUUAUGAAUAAGUUACCUUUAACUAGCGAGGAAAUGAAUUCAUCCCAAGGCUGGCUUCUAUUAACCGACCGUCAUUUUCGGCCUAUUCUAGAUCUUGUUCUCCUUUCACCACCAGAAUCAAUGUCUCAAGUUCUAGUUCCCAUUGGGCGCGCCUUAGCAUGGGAGGCAUUUCCCUUCAUGAUUAUGGGAACUCCCAAUGUUUCGUUCCGGCCAAGUCCGUGGGCUUUUUUGUACACAAGGAAGCGGAUCACGUCGUAUGACCCUACACCCGAGCUACGAAUUACUACAGAUGAUCAGAAUAUCGAAAUUGCGAUGUUUGUGAUCACUUACAAGACCUACCAGAUGUCCGCAGAGCGAAAAGUGGUCAUCGUGAAAGCGCGGAAUAUCGCGAAGACAAUGGCUGAUGAGCAGCAGCUGACGGGACCCGCAGUAGAGGCGUCAGCACUGCCGCCUCAUCGCAAAAUCCUAGCGAAUCUCAUGCAGUGGCAUGGCUGUCGUACGAAAAUUGCGAGAAACGAGUGAGCAAGCCUAGGCUAAGUGAGUGAUUCCACUUACUGAAAUAUUGCUGCGGCGCAGUAGUGGGGAGCCGUUCCGAAGGAUGACUGCAAUGCAGUUGGAUGCCUUGUAACACAGCAUGCG